GUACGGCCAGUGUAUACACCUGAAUUAAACUGUGGUGAUCACAAACUAGCAGUCCACCCAGCUCCUAAGUCGUUACAAACCCAUACAUUUUCGUCGGAUGUAUGCCUUGACCCAGACAACCUCCCGCCACAAGACGUCAGAAGGAAGUUUAUUUUACUUAUGGAGUCCUAUGACCAUGUUUUCGACCGAGAUAUCAAGGGCUAUAACGGAGCAGCAGGCUCAUUCGAAGCUAAGGUGAACAUGGGACCUGUGGAACCACCUCAGCGAAAGGGUCGCCUACCUCAAUAUGCCCGUGACCAAUUGCAGGAGCUUCAGGCAAAGUUUGAUGAACUUGAAAAGUUGGGUGUUUUCAAGGUCCGGAAGAUGUCAAUGUUUCCGUGGAGUAUCUGA